AAUCUCUCCCCGCCAACUCUUCCUCCUAUCUCCAUGGAAGCAUCCUUCUCGAACCUCAACUUCGACAAAAAAAAAUCAACCAGAAAAGCUUCUUUCCCAUCCCCAAUAUCCUCCCAAACAAUUUGGAAAAACACUCGUUCAUUUCUUCAUCCAUCAAUUGUUGGAGCCCCUCCUCUAAAAUGUACAGUCUCGCAGCUACGACUUUAACCGAGGGCCAUUACGCUGGAAAAAUCCACAAACAAAAUUCGGAAAUUUCUACGCAAUCGUUUUGAUGAUUAUCCUUAUGUGCGAGUGCUUUAAAGAUUCACACGAUUGAAAUGAGUGGAAUUAGGGGAAAUUCCUCUCGAGUUGCAUCGCUGCUGGCAUUGAUUUCGGUUCUGAUCGCAGCUUCUUCUCUGCGCGGCGUGUGGUGCCAGGGUGAGGAUGAGUAUUCAAAGUCGGGUAACCCUGCAGUGCUGCCGGUUGUCACCUCUAUGAUCUACAACCAAAUUCGCAACCUCACCAAGAUAUUCAACAAGGAGAUUACUUCCACAUUAGGAUUUUGCACGCGGGACGUAGAUCAUGAUCUGGAUGGGGCGUUUGAGUUCGAGAACAAUUUGGACUUUCUUAGUAAUUGUGUUAAAGAGACCAAAGAUGUGACCAAGAGGAUCUGUACAGCAGCAGAAAUGAAGUUCUACUUCUCCAGUUUUAUGAAAGCUGAUGCAGAUGCAGAUGCACAAGUCUUGAAACUCAAUAGGAACUGUAAUCUGAACUCGUGGGUUCCUGGAUGUGAGCCCGGUUGGGCUUGUUCCGUUCCAGAGACCGAACAGGCUGACCUGAAAAACAUAAAAGAAAUUCCAGAUAGGGUGUUUGAUAGUCAACCUUGUUGCGCGGGUUUCUUCUGUCCCAGAGGUCUCACCUGCAUGAUUCCUUGUCCACUAGGCUCAUAUUGCCCGCGCGCGCAGCUAAACCAAUCAACUGGUGUAUGUGAACCAUAUACAUAUCAGUUACCUCCUGGUAGCACAACUCAUUCAUGCGGUGGAGCUGAUGUAUGGGCAGGUGUAGGAGGUAGUGAUGACAUAUUUUGUUCAGCAGGAUCUUACUGUCCAAGUACAAUCCAAGUGAUCCAUUGUAGCAGAGGACAUUACUGCAUGCAAGGCUCUACUGAAGAAACAGUUUGCUUCAAGUUGAGUACCUGCAACCCGAAUUCUAACACACAGAACUUGCAUGCCUAUGGAUUUAUGCUAAUUGGUGCAUUGAGCUUGGUGUUAAUAGUGUUCUACAAUUGCUCCGAUCAAAUCCUUACAACUCGUUAUGAAAGAAUGGCCAAAUCCAGAGAGAGAGCAAUUAAAAGUGCCCGUGAAACUGCACAUGCAAGAGAAAAGUGGCAAGUUGCAAAAGAUGCGGCAAGAAAGGGAGCUAUAGGCUUGCAGAAACAGCUGUCACGUACAUUUUCACGCAAUAAAGGCGAUGCACCAGUUCCAGCUAGCUCAAAUAAACCAACAACUGGUGUUCAUAAUGCAAAAAAGGAAGCAGGCAAUCUCACUAAGAUGGUACAGUCACUUGAUAGCGAUCUAGAUUCUAACUCUGGCUUUGACAUGGCUAUCGGAGAUAGGAACAUUAAGAAGCAAGUGCCAAAGGCCAAACAGUUGCACACUAAGAGCCAAAUAUUUAAGUAUGCGUAUGGUCAGCUUGAAAAGGAGAAAGCUAUGGAACAGAUGCAACAAAACUUAACCUUCUCUGGUGUGAUUUCAAUGGCAACUGAUACAGAUAUGAAGACGAGGCCUACCAUUGAGCUUGCUUUUAAAGAUCUUACUAUAACUCUGAGAAACAAACACAAACAUCUGAUGAGGCGUGUGACUGGAAAACUUUCACCAGGACGAAUAUCUGCUGUUAUGGGUCCAUCAGGAGCAGGGAAAACAACAUUUCUUUCUGCAGUGGCAGGAAAAAUAAGGGGAUGCCAUAUUUCUGGUUCAAUUCUCAUAAACGGAAAGCCUGAUUCCAUUCAUUGCUACAAGAAAAUUGUGGGCUUUGUCCCACAAGAUGACAUUGUUCAUGGGAAUUUGACAGUAGAAGAAAAUCUUGGGUUCAGUGCUCGGUGCAGGCUUUCUGCUCACAUGUCGAAGCCUGAUAAGGUUCUUGUUAUUGAGAGAGUGAUCGAGGCCCUUGGACUACAGGCAAUAAGAGAUUCUCUAGUUGGAACUGUUGAGAAGCGAGGUAUAUCUGGAGGCCAGCGAAAACGAGUAAAUGUAGGUCUAGAAAUGGUUAUGGAACCUUCUCUGCUAAUCUUGGAUGAGCCGACAUCUGGUUUAGACAGUUCGUCUUCCAACUUACUCAUUAAAGCCCUUAAACGCGAGGCUAUUGAAGGAGUAAACAUCUGCAUGGUUCUUCACCAGCCCAGCUACACAUUGUACCAAAUGUUCGAUGAUAUAGUACUUUUGGCCAAAGGUGGUCUUACUGUAUAUCAUGGAUCGGUGAAGAAAGUAGAAGAAUACUUUGGAAGCUUUGGAAUCCAUGUACCUGAUCGUGUCAAUCCUCCAGAUCAUUUCAUUGAUAUACUUGAGGGUAUCGUAAAACCAUGUGCUGGUGUGACUGCUGAACAGCUACCUGUCCGGUGGAUGCUUCACAACGGCUACUCUGUUCCUCCAGAUAUGCUACAUUACUGUGAUGAAAUUGCAUCAGCCUCUAAAGGUGGAAGUAGUAUCAGUGCUCAAGAAACCCCAGAGCCAUCUACUCCGGGAAGUGAGUGGAAGGAGGAAGAACAAGAGCCCUCAAUUAAAUUCCUUAAAAUACAUGAUUUAUCAAAUCGCCAAACACCUGGUUUCCUGCGGCAGUAUAAAUAUUUUCUUGGCAGAAUUUGCAAGCAGCGGCUGCGAGAAGCUCAGUUACAAGCAGCUGAUUUUUUUAUCCUCUUGCUGGCUGGAGCAUGCUUAGGAUGUCUUUCAAAAACGAAGGGUGACACAUUUGGCUAUUACGGCUAUAUGUACUCAGUGAUUGCAGUUUCACUCUUGUGUAAGAUAUCUGCCAUAAGAUCAUUCUCAAUGGACAAAUUACACUUCAAGAGAGAGUGUGACGCUGGCAUGAGCACCCUAGCUUAUUUUCUGUCCAAGGAUACAAUCGAUCUUUUCAAUAUCCUUAUCAAGCCUUUGGUUUUCCUUUCGAUGUUCUAUUCCUUCAGCAAUCCAAGGUCAACAUUCCCAGAAAACUAUAUUAUUGUGCUCUGCCUUAUGUACUGUGUGACUGGGAUAGGAUAUGUGUUUGCUAUUGCGCUGCAGCCCGCUCAAGCCCAACUGUGGUGCGUGCUUCUUCCCGUUGUUCUUACUCUCAUUGCGAAUCAAGAUAAAGGUGACAAAAUUGGAAGGAUACUACGUCAUUACUGCUAUCCGACGUGGGCUUUAGAAGCCUUCCUGAUAGCAAAUGCUCAAAGAUUCUCUGGAGUUUGGUUGAUAACCCGAUGUGCCUCGUUAAACGAUUUAGGGUAUGAUGUUCAUCGCUGGUUGAUUUGUCUACUUAACCUUAUCAUCAGUGGUAUAGGUUUUAGGGUCAUGGCUUACUAUAGUUUGCUUAAAUUGGGAAGGAAAUAAGUUGUCCACUAGUUUAGUUUAUAAAGAUUAGCUGUAUCAUAUGACUAGCUUUUCAAUGCCUUGAGUUUUGGCUUCUUCUGUCACAAUUUUUUAUGAGCAUUCUAUUCA